AGGGAUGGCAGAUGUCAGCUGGGCCAGUGCGCGGUGGGGCAGAGGAGGAGUUGGCAUGCUGCCGCUCUUUUGGAUUUUCAUAGAACUCCCUCCAUCCCUCCUGCAGCCUUUACUCCCCCUCUCCCUGCCAGUCCACAUGUCAGUCCUCUCUCCUCCAUGGCAGUUCCUCCCUUUGUCCCAGGCAGAGCUGGGCCCUCUUUUCUCCAACUCCAGCCCCUUUUCCUUCUCCCAGAGUCUGUUCAUGGUGCCCCCACCUGGCCGGGCCCCCAGACCAGGCCUCCAGGCCUCAUUUGGCCCUUACUCAGUAACGCAGCUCAUAUCAGAGCCUGUCCUCCCUCUCUCUCCCCCUCUGUCCGCCUCUGUCCUCUCCGAGCAUGUGGAGAGAGAGAGGGAUGAGGGAGGACAGGAGAAGUUCAAGGUGAGGACGCUGUUCCACAAGCGGGGCGACACGAGCACCCGAGGGACCUGCAUCACCCUGCAUGCCUUCAAGGAGACAGAAGAGCACAAGGCCUUCUGUGUCACACAGCCUCCUCUAGGGCUGUGUGUGGUAACUCUGACACUGCCUAGUGACUGGUUCAAGAAACAACACGCCAACCAGUCACGUCAGGAUGUGGACAAGUGGUACAUUCACUCUCGUCGCCGGGUGCAGAAGCGGCAAUGGCAACAGGGCGGACAUUAUCAUGGCCCCAUGAGAAACCAAAUACAGCUUUACUACUCCUCCAUUGACACCAUGGACGACCGAGGGCUGACGCCACAAGGAUGUGUAGAGGACACACAGGCUCAGUCCCAGAGGCAGCUUUUCCACAUCAAAGCAGUGACACUGAAGGAGGAGGAAGAGAAAGAAAGAGAGGAGAGCAGGAUCAAACAAGAAGAAACCUGUUUGAAUGGGCAGGAAGAGGAGGAGCUUAGCUUGGACUCCAAUGUGGUGAUUCGCUAUCACAGGGGCCCGGUCCUGAUAGGACAGCCACUCAGGGUGUCUGUGAAUCUGAGAGCCAACUUUAGCUCUGACUUUGUCAUCAUAAGGCUGAAGGUGAAGAAGGGCUUGGUGUCGAUGGUGGCCCAGAGAACUCUGACCUCUGACCUGUGGGCUGUGACCCUGGAGAAAAGCCAAGGCUCCAAACACGAUGUGGUGUCCAUCCUCUGCCACAAACACAGCACACCCAAGCACACACACAACCCCACUCUCCUCCAGCAGGUGGUGUGUCUGUCAGUGGAUGGCCUGAGGCAGAGCUUUGGUGUUGCAAUGGCGGUGCCUGCUAACUGGUGGGUGGAGUACUCCGGGCAUAGUAAACCCCUAUUGCCACGCAGGGAAGCGAUGAGCAUCUUCUCAUUCGCUGAUCGACACAUCUUUGGAAUCGCUCCCAUAACAGAGAGUAACACGAUCAUCAACACGGCCAUACUGACGAACCAGCCGGUGUCACUUCCUGUCAUCGUGCUGGCCAUAAGUCGUGAUGGGAAGGUGUCGGAUGUCACCUCUGCAGUCACGUGUCACUCCACCAAUGAAAACACUAUCAAGGUGUCCAGCGAUUGCUCCACCCUCUUCGUGGAUGGCAGCGAAUCAGGAUUGGGUAAUACCUGUGCAGUGGUGGAGUUUCUACUGGGCACGCUCCAUGGCUCUGUUUGUCUGGAGGUGUGGGCUCCUUCAGUGCCCCUGCGAGUUUCCUUGGCAGACCCUGUUCUCAAUGCCAUUGAUGGCUGGAACCACUUCACAGAGAAAGGGUGUGUGCCAGUGUAUCAGCGCUCCUCAAUCCAGGUCCUGACUCAGUUCACAGCUCAGGACUCCCGCAGCAGACCCACAUAUCUCCUGGGCUCAUCUGAUUGGUUUGUGGAUGUUACCGAGCUGGUCAUUAAAUUAAUGAGAAUAGAAGACCCUCGAGUGGCUUCCCUCGACACCCAGAACAACCUGAUUGGUUUACGACCAGGAAAGACAUCACUCCAUAUCAUCUCUGAGCAGUGGGAUGGUGUGCUGGGCAGAUGUGACAUCACUGUGACCUCCGACCCCGUCACCCCCGGGGAUCUGUCUGUACAGCUGGUCAGCGGACUUGGCAUGUCAGUGGCGGCAAGCCCCGCCCACCCUUCCAUCAUCACAACAACAGUGACAGCCUACAACAUCCUGUACAACCAUCACCAGGAGGCGUCCAUAAGCGUCUGGCUCCAGUUCAGUGACGACACAGCCUCCCUCCUUUCCUCCUUCAGCGACCUUCCCUUUUUCCUGCGUCUCUCCUCAUUGGCUGAGACCGUGGUUGUGGUGACGCCUGGUCCCAGCCAACGCAUCUUUGCCCAGGGCGAUGGAGGCGGGCCCUUACUACGUGCAGAACUUUUGGUUUCGAUCUGUGCUGACCAGCCAAUCACCUCCAACUCUAUCAGUGAAGGAGACGGGGAUUGGGUGGACAACCGAGGAGGAGGAGGAAGCGGGACUAGGAGGCUGGCGAGAGGAUCUGGUUGGAUAAGAGUCAACCUAGACUUGGGCUUCCUGCAGUCAGUUGGGGACAAGAAUGAGGAGGAUGAGGUGUUUGAGUUUGACAUUUCAGACACACUGGUGGAGUCCGACAGCGAUAUCUAUGUGUCGAACUUUGACGAGGACGAAAGUGGGAAUGUAAGCAGUGACUACUACGACAAAAUGAGCGGGAAGAUGACUAACAGGAACUGGAACGAGAUGGGGAAUGGAGGGAUGGUCAGUCAGAAUAAUCUUGAAAGAGCUGUGCUGAUGCCUAGCCAGGAGGAGGGCGCUGUGUACUUCUCCCCGAGCCAGGAGAAUGGAAGAGAGAGGAAGUUGGAGGAGGAGGAAGGGCAGGGAGCUCGAGAGCUGGAGGUCGGCAUGGGCGCUGUCCUCUCUCUGCUCUGCCUCUCUGCUGUCCUCUUCCUGGCAAACUGUCUGCCCUGCGCCCUGCGAGACAGGAGGAGGGCUACAAAAGGCGAGGAGAGGGAAGGAGAACUAGAGCAAGGCGCAAAGGAACAAGAGGAGGAGGAGAGGAAGAAGACAGAGGUAAAGGACAGGGGGGCAGAAGAGAGGAAGAAAGCAGAAGACAAGAUAAAGCAGCAGCAGGAGGAGUACAAUAAAGUUAAAGAAGUAGAGAUCAUUUGCUGAUAUAUGUACAGGCCGGUCUCAGUGUCGCAAUCUGUCCUCACUUUGAUAGAAUGAUCACAAGGAACACGAAGCAGAGUCAUUGUUGCAUUAUAACAGUGAGCUAGUUUGCAGCAAAAACAAUGUGUGUGAUCUGUAUUCUGGGUUCCAGCUGAAACAUACCAGCCCAUUUCAGUCCAUCCAGUCUUUAUUCAGUCCAUUUAUCCAGUCUUUAUUCAGUCCAUCUAUCCAGCCUUUAUUCAGUCCAUCUAUCCAGCCUUUAUUCAGUCCAUCCAAGUAGUGUGUUUUGGUCCAUGUAUUAUCAGUGGUUAGUUACACACAUCAAUGGAAUUUAUCGAUAUUUAAUUGCUUCUGUUGAACAAAUCGGACCUUAAAGGAGUCAGUUUUCAGGAAUUGAUAUUCAGCCUCACUGACAGAUAUAAAACUGAUCAUGCUUUGUAAAAUCUUCACAGCCCCUAUGAGGGCAGCCAGCGUACCAUACAGUGUAAAUAUGUUGAAUAAUUACUUUGUAUUUAGAAACUAUAUGUUUAACUCUAAACCUGAAUGUUUUAUUUUCAGAAUAUGUCACACACAGUUUUUCACACCUUUUUUCAAAACGGUUAACAGAUGUUGUGUUGUGUUUAACCGUGUUAAACAAAAAUAAAACAUCUAUUGACAGCUGAUAGAAAUGACUUGUUAUGAAUCUCUAAUGCAUCUAUUUGAAACUUCUUUGCACAACUCUUCAAUCAGCAGUCAGUCCUUAUCCAUUGAUAAAAGCUGCCACCUCUGUGUUGCUGUUUGCAAGCAUGGAUCGAAGAGGUCAAAGACACCUGAGGGGAGAGGCCAUGAAGGUAGGGCCUGAGGAAGAGGAGUUUGCAGUCACUCACAGACUAUUUAUAGGGCGGCCAUGCUGUUAUGUUUCAGUCAAAAAGAAUGAUGUGAAAA